GGCGGUGAGUUUCUUAACGAGCGACCCUUACUCUUUGGCACGAACAUUAUUAAGCGAGUUUACCGUCGCAAGUGUAUGGCUGCGUUCAACAAAUACAAUGCGGAACGAAGCGGAAUGUGUUCACCUCUGUAUCAUUGCCCCGUCCCGAUUUGCCACCAUUUGAAAACAUGUGGGCAAGAAAAUGUAUCGGGGGUGGAGAGGGAGGAGACAGAAACAGCUGUUGAGCUGCCAAAAAUUGCAUGCUUGCGCAGCAUUCCUUUGCUGAACAGCACAUGCACUGCAAACGCGUUCGCAAAAAAAAAAAAAAGAAAAGAAAGCACGCUAGCGAUUGCAGCGCCAAGAUUUUUUUGGUGUGCAGAAUAAAAACUAGUGACAAAACUUGGGCCAAUUCACUGAAACUUUCAGCAGCCACCGUCAUCGCGCACACUCUUUGCUGCUAUUGCAUUUUUUUCGCGCUCGCUGCGCACCAGCGCGGCCAAUGGUCGCAUUACCUAUCGUCGUUGUGGACGGGGUCGAGGGUAUCGCGUAGUAGCGAGGCGCUUUUCUAUCAUGGCGAAUCCGAGGAAAUUCAGCGAGAAGAUCGCUUUGCACAACCAGAAACAAGCUGAAGAAACGGCGGCGUUCGAGCAGAUCAUGCGGGAAGUGAUGGGGGCAACCCGAAACAACCAUGGGCAAGACAAUAUGGAGGGUUAUGCAACUUCAUAUGACAGCUCUUACAUCCAGCAAGCUGCCAAUGGGGCAUACUCGAAGCACCAGCUCAGCAUCUCGCCUUCCCUGGGGGCCUAUCGGGGCGGCUCAUUGCCGAAUGUGAACCAGAUGAGUGGAGGGCCGGCCCACAGCAUCGACCUGCAGGGGGCGCUCAGUCACCUCGAGGACAUGCGCCAAGGCCGCGAGGCGUCUGCAGUGCUUCCUGACCGACCGCAUGUGCGUGAACGGGGCCGUCAUGCUACUGCUCCUCACAAAGGCCGACAAAUGGCCUUUGACAAGCGUGUAUCCUUCUGGUUUGGUGCUCAGGCCGACGUGUCUCCAUACAGCUCGUCUCUCUACCUUUCCCCGCCACCUGACACCAGUUGGAGAAGGACCAACUCGGAUUCAGCACUGCACCAGAGUGCACAGACUCCUCAGGAAAAUUUUCCUGGAGUUGGGCCUGCUUGUGGGCAGCGCAGAGGUACCGACCCUGUCACAGCUCGGGAAUUGGACCAGAUGUACCGUGACUGUACUGCACGAGUUGAUGGCUUUGGGCAGGAAAUCAUGGGUAUACAGGAUAUGAACAGCAUGGCCAUGGAUGGAAUGAAUAUGAAAAGCUACUGGGACCCAAAGGGAGGAGGGGGAGGCGACUGCUAUGGGAACAGCCUUUCCAGUAUGGGAUGUGAAAUUUCAACCCAGCAACAGCAACAGCAUCAGCAACAGCAGCACCGACCAAAAUCCUGUGAUGUCCCUGGAAUCAAUAUUUACCUGCCCCAGGACGAGAGCGGUGAUGGCGUAGCAUUGGCAGCCGGCAGCCCCAGUGCAACGGUGGCAUCUCCUCAGGGGGCAGGGGGACCCAGCUCCGGAAACCUUCAGGCACCCCCCAUGGGCAACGGCAACACGGGAUCGCUUCCUGACCUGACUAGCCUGCACUUUCCGCCACCCCUGGCAACCCCACUCGACCCCUCGGAGGAGCUUGCUCACCAGCAGCAUGGAGCCAGCCCGGGGCCACCGUCUCUGCCGCCCCUGCACCCUGGCAAUGCAGGUUCCCCGGGCUCUCCACGUGGCUGCACGAGCCCAUCGGGGGGCCGACAUGCGAGCCCAGGCCCUGCACCGUCACCGUCAUCGCGGCGCCGGGCGCACCAUAAUUCGACAAGCAUGGUGCUGGGCUCGGGAGGUCGCCUGCAUGGUCCCAGCGGGCAGCAGGCUGCCACGGUGGGGGCACCCUCCGGGCAAGUACGUGCACACUCCCCCCUGCACCGCCGACACCACCGACCCCACCCACCCCGGAUCACCGUUGAGGGCCUUACCAUGGACACGAACGCACUUUCCUUGGAUGGCUAUGGGGGUAGUUCUCAACAAGCCCAGCAGCAACAGCAGCAGCAUCAGCAACAGCAGCAACAGCAGCAACAGCAGCAGCAUCAGCAGCAGCAACAGCAUCAGCAGCAUCAACAGCAGCAGCAACAACAGCAUCAGCAGCAGCACCAGCACCAGCACCAGCAGCACCAGCACCAGCACCAGCAGCUGGGCUACUACCCACCCCAUUCACCACAAGUUCUGGGCCAGAAUCCCGGCUCUCCUCUGGGUUAUCCCCCCUCAUCACCUACCCUAUCCCAAACGCCAGCCAGUCCUCGGCCGCGGCAGUUGUACCAAGGCGGUGCACCACCUUCCGAGCGGUCAGGCAGUGCCCCUGCAUCCCCAGUGUCUCAUGGUGCGCCAUCUCCUGUGUCUUCUCCAAGUGCGGUGGGCAGUCCUUACGGUGCCGGUGGUUACCGGACAGGGUCUGCCCUAGGCAGCACGUCACCCUUGCAGCAGCAGAUGGAACAGUUCCGGGUUGCAGCCGGCAGCACUGACGACUCUGCUUCACCCUCUGCCGUUGCAACGCAGAACCAAUACUUUGUGAUGCCUGACGGGAGGUACUGUAGCAACCCAAACAUCCCAACCAGUGCUUCCUCGGGGAGCGUGUUCUUCCCGGACAUGGGUCCAGGGUCGGGAAUGGCCGGGGAUGCCUUAAGCUGUUCCAUGCCUUACUCUCACGACUCGCUAUAUUACACGGGUGACUUGCAGUACUCAGCAAAAACGGCUGCCAGUCCUUCGAGUGGAGCACCACAAACGCCCCAGACACCUACCAGCAUCCCUGACAUCAUCCUAACAGGGCCUGGCACGGAUGAGGCAGCUCUGCUCAAAGGGGCACUGCAGCAGGGCAAGGUGGAUGGCCAGUCUCUGGGCUCAUUUGACUCAGCUGACCUGUUCUCUGCUGAGGAGGCCCUCCGCGCAGGCCUUGACCCUAUCGACAUUGACGGCCUGCAGAUCCUGACCGAUCCUGACAUGGCGGUGAUCAGUGACCCUGCCGCUGAAGAAGCCUUCCGCCUCGACCGGUCGUAGUGGUCGCCACAGCUAUGGCCGCCCCAGGAAGAGGAAGAGUACGAGGAGGAAGAAGAAGUGCUUAGGGCGCCAGAGACUCCGCGGGCGCAGCCAGAUGCGGGGCGAGCCACGGCUAGCGAAGACCGCCACGAUUGAACCGAGGACACACACAGACCUUGCACUCCCUCCUUGCCUCCUGCGCUCUCCCUGUAUCUCUUACUGUCAUGCUUGACUUGGGAUGUUCUUUCCACUCUCCCCAUUUUUAUACCCAUGUUGGUAGCACUUUUGUGUGCUCUCACCUACAACCAGAGGUGAGCUUGUUUGUGGGGAGGGAGAUCACCAACAUGUGCAGAACAGUCCAAAGCAAGCCAACUGCUUAUGCUGAGCAUAUAAUGACUGUGUGCUAGGCAUAUGUUUCAUCUUGACAAAAUCCAUUAUUGGUCAUGCUUUGAGUGCUAUUGACCAGUGUACCUUCAGUUGGUGGACAAACUUCUGCGUUGGCAUCCCUGCGUGACUUGCAUGUUUGUGAUUUUAGAGGGCAUGAAGCACGCGAAAAGGUGAAUGCAGUGCUUUUGAUGCAGCAAGGUGAAUAGUGGGUCUCAGCAGUGUUCUUAAGGAAGAACGAAAGUCAUUUGCCCUCCUGUUUUUCUCCCGAGUGUCUUGCUGUUUGCGGAAAUCUUGGGAUCACAUGCAGUCCUAUCUGCGUGUCUGCAGACUGGAGAAACUGAUGAAAGUCUGGCAAGCACCCAUUUGGCCUGUGCAAUUGUAGGCAAGCUUUGCCUUCACAUUAGCCGAGAAAGUGCGGGUGGCACCCAUUUGGGCUAAUUGCACCUAAGAUGUCACUGUGAGAUUGCAAGAUGCAGCUUUCUUUCUUGUUUUUUGCAAAUGCUGCAAAUAACAGCUGAGAUGGGGUGGCGGCUGUCUUGAGAGGCUGAUGGCCUAAUGCUGUGACCUCAUAGCAGCAGUUUGUGGCAUGUCAGUCUCCACUUUGUUGCAGCGAUUGCUGCUAGCACUUUUUAAAGGCAGUGGAAAUUCCUGCUCAUGGUGCAUUGACGAAAGCAAGUGGCAUUAAUGCACCAAACUUGCAGCUUCGGUGCAAUGGUGACACCCAGUAGUUGCGCCAGGCUUUCUUGUGCAGUUGUGGCAUUCCAAGCCCCAUUUUAUCAACUUUCAUUGAAACGGGCAACAGGGGUCGGUAAGUGUGUGCCCAACUGCCUUCGUACUGCGGCAGAGUCACCAGACAGCUCUCAUAGCACUUCAGGAUAUAAAGUUGUUUGUACAGUAUGAAUUUGUAUUGAAAGUUGCUUGUUUGUCCAUCCAGAAGCCUUAGCCCUGUGGCAGUGACAGCAGGCAAAAUUGACGCUAGGCUUUAGAGCCAUAUUGUUUGUUGUGUAAAUAUAUAUGACGUGAAGAGUUUAA